AUGGCCUCAGCCCAAAGACCCGCACAACCUCUCUCCCUGCCGGCAAUCCACGCCCGUUGGGCAGCCGCCCUCGCGCUCCCUCCAUCAGCUCAAAUUUCUGCCCUUCGACGUCUGGUCCGCGCCGUCACAAAGGACCACCAUCCAGCCCUGAGGUCUUUGCCUCUGGUUGCCCUGUGCCCACUCUACCUCGAUCUUGCCCUGGCCUACGCCUUCGUAGGCGAGUACUACCUCGCCUCUCAAGUGUUCAAAGAAGCCGUGGAUAACGACGCCACCAGUGCAGUGGGAUGGUUUGGUCUCGGUCUCGCCCAAGCCGAGUUGGGUGAAUGGAGGAAUGCCCGUAGAGGCUGGAAGUUGUGCUUACAGUGUUUCGAGUCAGUCGGUGGCCAGCAAGAGGUUAUUCGUUACGGGCUCUUCCAGCCCCAAGAUGAAGCCGCUCAAAUGCUGGAGUUGGGACUCGACUCUGGACAAUGGACGCUGGAGCGAACGAGGGUGGAUUUCAAUUACCGGGUCGCAUUGGGCGAGAAGGGGUCGAAGAAGCUGGGCGUAGCGCCUAGGCCAGCUGGUCAGAAGAGGCCAGGAUUGAAUGGAAUCUUGGCUGGGAUGCGCUUUGGACCUGGGUGGGAUGCAAGUUUGCAAUCUCUCGACUCACCGCUCCUACUUCAGCACUCAAGCUUCCAUGCAGCAGAACAUGGGGAACGGACAGCAUUCUUAACCGGCAACCCUCCAACAACAGCGCAGACGCCUCCUUCCUCACGCACCGCUCACCCACGCGCUUCAUUACCACCUCGCAUCUCCUCCCGCAAGCCACCGCUUGCCCUCCCUUCGACCCCGAAGACACCAACACCAUCCCUAGCAGACAAAGGCAGCUUCAACGACCACAGGCCAUCGAUGGACAAAGAUCCCUUCACAAGCUCGCCGGAGAAAGAUAUCCUCGACCCGUUCGCUACGCCUCCACAAACCCUGACUACACGGCCCCACGAUGAACAACACACGAGAUUUUCUCGGCAGUCGACUCUUUUCACACCAGAGGAUCAAUAUUUUUACGAUCAUUCCGAUGAUGAAGACGACGAUGAAAGCCUCGACACUGCUACCGCCAUCGACGACACCAUCGCCAGCUGGAGCGGCUUCGGUCAGACCCAGGAAGAACAGACUCAAGAAGACCAGAAUGAAGAUGAGAAGCAGGAGCAGGAGGAAGAAGAAGCAGAAGAAGAAGAAGAAGCAGAAGAACCAGGAGAAGCAGAAGAAGCAGAAAACAUCGCAAACGGAAUCCACGAACAAACCAUCCUCACCCCCUCCGCCGACGACGGCGGCGAAAUCUUACAGCCGCGGGUCUUCGAAGGCUUCGGACCACCGAGCCAGGAGAGGAGAAGACGAUGGGAUUCCGGACUGGUACGGCAGUGCGACAAGUUCCCCGGGAACGGGAGCACGUUCAGCAGCAGUAGGGGGAGGUAA